UUGGGUCCCCGAAACUAUCAGCGAAGGUAGCUCGCCCCGCCCACUGCUGCCGGGAAAGGCCCCGCCUCUGGGUCAGUGAGUUCCCUGGACCAGUGCCCUGGGGGGCGGAGUAGGACGCCAUUAGCCAGGCUUGUCAAGCUGCGUGUACUGUGCAGAAUUGCCAUGGAGCUGGACGGCGAGGGGCGCGCGGUGGUGCGGCCACUGCUCACCGACCUCUACCAGGCCACCAUGGCGCUGGGCUACUGGCGCGCAGGCCGGGCAUGCGAGACAGCAGAGUUCGAGCUCUUCUUCCGCCAGUGCCCGUUUGGAGGCUCCUUUGCCUUGGCUGCCGGCCUGCGGGACUGCAUGUGCUUCCUGCGCUCCUUCCGUCUGCAGGACGCAGGUAGCUCCGCAACCCGCGCUGGUACUCCUCUGGCUGGGAGAGAAUCCCGCUCCCGCUCCUGUGCCCUCUAAAUGUGGCCCUGACCUCUGAGGGGGACCUACCUGCACUCGGCUGGCCAAGUCCUCCCCCAGACCACAUGUAUUCUCUAUCAUCCCAGACGUGCAGUUCCUGGCUUCGGUGCUCCCCCCAGAC